AUGCUCCGCCUCAAUUCCUCCUCCUCCCCCUUCCUCGCCACCUUCUCCAGGACCCUCUCCCUCUUCACCCCUCGCCGCCGCCAUGUUCCCGGAGCCAGCAGGGUCCUCCACUCCGCCCCUCUCCUAUUCUCCCUCAAGGAGACAAGCGCCACCAGGAAGAGGCCCCUCCACCGCCACCACCGCCACAUCAACGGCGGCGCCGCCCCCUCCCCCUCCUCCUCCAAUGCUCCGCCGGCGCCGCCGCCGGAGAAGAAGCCGAACUCACAAGCUCCCCAAGAAAGCCCUCUCUCCCGCAAGGCCAUGCUCAAGGCCCGGAGAGAAUCUCCAGAAGGGUUCCUCCGCCACAAGCUCGACAUGUGCUCCAAGCGGGGAGAUCUACGGGAAGCCCUCCGCCUGUACGACGAAGCGAGGGCUCAUGGCGUUCCCCUCUCCCAGUACCACUACAACGUCCUCCUCUACGUCUGCACUUCCCCUCCCCCCACCGGCGCCGACGAGCCCUCGCCGCCCUCUACGGCGGCGCCGCUGCCCGAGACAGCCAAGCUGGGCAUAGAGAGGGGAUUCGAGAUCUUCCGGCAGAUGGAGCUCGACUCGGUGCCCCCCAACGAGGCCACCUUCACCAGCCUCGCCCGAUUGGCCGCUGCAAAGGAGGACCCGGAGCUUGCCUUCAAGGUGAUCGAGGAAAUGUCGAGCUCGGGGAUCCCACCGAAGCUGAGAACCUACGGGCCAGCCCUCUUUGGCUUCUGCUCCAAUGGCGACACAGAGAGGGCCUUCGAGGUGGAAGCUCACAUGGCGGAAUCCGGCGUCCUCCCGGAGGAGGAGGAGCUAUCCGCGCUCCUCCGGGUCAGCGCCGCCGCCGGCGAGGCGGGUCACGUCUACCGCCUGCUGCACCGCCUGCGGUCCACCGUGAGGCAGGUCUCCGCCGCCACCGCGGAGAUUGCUGAGGGAUGGUUCCAGUCGGAGGCGGCAGGACUGGUUGGGUUGAAAGAUUGGGACGCCGAGAAGGUCCGAAGCGGGACCGCCAGCGGCGGCGGCGGGUGGCACGGGCAGGGAUGGCUGGGGACUGGGCGGUGGAGUGUUGGGAGGACGGGGAUCAGUGGCGCUGGCGUCUGCAACCGGUGCGGGGAGAAGCUCGUCUCCAUAGACAUCGACCCAGUGGAGACUGAAAACUUCGCCAAGUCUCUCGCCACCUUAGCCUCCCAGCGUGAGGUCAAGGCAGACUUCAACCGGUUCCAGGUUAGUUCUCUCUCUCUCUCUCUCUCUCUUCCUCCCUUCAUCCAUAAUCCUAGUAUCCGUAAUGAGGAAAUUCUGUCUCUCUGCUGCUGAGGUUUUAGAUGGCAGAGCUGAUGGUUUCUGCAUUCACCGCUGUAGCAUCAUCGCCUGUUUCUUUCUCAUCCGGCGCAUAAUUUUUCAUAAUUCAUGUAUAUUUACUCAGUCUGAGGUUAAAUGCGCUGGAUUGUACAGAAAAAAUGGGUCUUUUCCGUUCUUUGUGGGGUGGUUUUGACUUGGAUGGAACAGCCUGAGUCCGUUCUCUUGGCCACCCCUUCCAUGUGUGCUGGCAACUUGGUUGACUCUGGGAAGUGAGUCAUAGAAAUUAUAGCCCAGUUGCUCUCUGGAAGUACUGAACCAAAUCAACGGGCAGCCAGCAAACUUGGCCCAUGCAUCGAAACUGAGGAUCUGAUUUCGAUGUGAAACUAUUCUAAAAAUGGAGACAUGAUAAUCAUGAAGAUUCGUAUUGUUCUUGAGAAUUUCCAUAUUCGUAUUCUCAUCCGGCAUAUUAUUUUGCAUAAUUUAUGCAUAAAAAUGGGUCUUUUCCGUUCUUUGUGGGGAAGUUUUGACUUGGACGGGUCAGCCUAAGACCCUUCUCUCAGCCACAUCAUUCCAUUUGGGCUGACAUCCUUGGUUGACUCUGGGAAGUGGAUCACAGAAACUACAGCCCUGGUACUCUCCGGAAGUAUUGAACCAAGUCAACGGGCAUUAGCAUGCUGGGCCCAUGCCUCGAAACCGAGGGUCUGAUUUCGAUCAACAGUGGGGACAUGAAGACAUGAUAAUCCUGAAGAUUCUUACUCUUCUUGAUAUUUUCCAUAGUCGUAUUCAUUGAUAUAUAUAUAUAUAUAUAUGGCGAGUUCAUAAGUUGACCACACAACAGAGUGGAAGAUGGAUUAAUCUGAGAUUCUUGAUCAUGUCCAGGAGUGGCUCGACCGCAACGGACCGUUCGAUGCCGUGAUUGAUGGUGCCAAUGUGGGCCUUGCCAACCAGCACCACUUCAGCUUUUUCCAGGUAAAGUUUCCUCCUUUGGAUAAUCUGGGCCCCACAAUCCUCACUCUCCCGCUCCUCUACAAAAAAGAAAAAAAAGAAAAAAAAGAAACCUCCCAGGAUCUAUUUCUAAAUCGGGAGUGGGAUCAGGGGACUUGUUCAGCUCAAGAGGCGGUUGACUUUUGUGGCAGUUGAAUUCUGUUGUAAAUGGGAUCCGGCAAAUGAGUCCAGCAAAAAAACCGCCACUUGUUGUUUUGCAUAGCCGGCGGGUGAAGGGCGGCCCUGCGGACAACCUGAACAAUAAGAAGCUUCUGGAGAGCUGGAAAAGGAGCGGGGCCCUCUAUUCUACGCCACCUGGAUCCAAUGAUGACUGGUCAGCACUUUCUCUUAUGUGCCCUUUACUUGAUUGAUCAUUUAUCCAACAAUUUUUACUCAUUUUAUUUGAGAUAAUUUUAAUUCCUAAUAUCUCCAUGAACUGAUUUUUCUCCAUUUUGUUUAUUUAUAUUAAUUUAAAGGUUAGAUAAAUGGGUCAAGUCCAGGGUUUGCCAAGCCCACUACAAUAAGAGUCAUAUUUUAUCAGGUCCCAUCGCCGAGAAAAGCCUGGAAAAUCUCACCUGGGACACCAUAUGCACGCACCUUAGAGUGGGGAAGAGAGAGAGAGAGAGAGAGAGAGAGAGAGAGAGAGAGAGAGAGAGAGAUGGACUGUCAUUGGAUGAGCGAGAUAGACUUUAAGAAGUUCUGAAUUUUAUGAAUUUAUGGUCGAUAAUUCAUUGCAGGUACUGGCUUUAUGCGGCGGUGAGUUGCCGAUCUUUGUUGGUCACAAAUGAUGAGAUGAGGGAUCACUUGUUUCAGCUGCUGGGGACGAGCUUCUUCCCAAGAUGGAAGGAGAAGCACCAGGUUCUCUCUCUCUCUCUCUCUCUCUCGGCCCAACAUCACUUGACCCAAGUUAUAUAGCCCCCCUCACACCAGUGCAAACUACAUUUUUUCUGCAGGUCCGUCUUAAAUUUUCGAGGAGCGGGUUGAGCUUCCACAUGCCGCCUCCCUACUCCAUCGUUAUACAGGUGAGACUUCCACCAUCUCCCCCGUUCUCUCUCAUCUCACUCUCCAUUCUCUCACAUCUAAUGGCCUCGGCAAUGGUUGACCAGGAGUCGGAGGGUGGCCGAUGGCACGUGCCAACGGUCGAAGGAGAUGACAUCGAUUCCCCCAGGCAGUGGGUGUGCGCCGCCAGGGCUUCCGCCACCACCUCCCAAGCUGCCCGCCAUCAGUCCCUGGCAGCUUAG